AUCGAUGCAUACGACAUAUCCUGAUCCACAACGACGAGGAUCGGGCCUCGGCAAAGAUCUGCUGUGGCUAUAUAUUCCUCCGCCGAUGUGGAGGUUCGUAACCCUCGUCGCAGUGUAGAUAGAGAUGGACACGACGGCACACGCCAGGCCGUCGUCACCCAUGGCUGCACAAACUACCAUUUUAAUCGACGGAAGUUUCGGGAUCAGCCCUCCGUCCAGCUCAAUUUCGGCGAGGGAGGGCAUUCGUGGUUGCUGCCCUGGUCUGGAAAUAGAUUCAUGGCAGAAAGUGUGCUCUCUCGGCACCCUUCCUUCCAUGCAGGAUUGCUUGGGCCGGAGGUCCAGCUCUGGCAAGGAGGGCGGCUGUGCGCGAAGCUCCUCUCUGCUCAGGGCUGCUCGCGGAUUUGGACUUGCGCUGGAGCAGGUUGUGGUGCGGCGGCGGCGGCAGCCAUCUGAUUGCCAGCCAUAGCGGGAACGUUGAGUCUUCCUCGGCACGGCUGUACCACGAAGGAACCGGUCGGGGGUGGAUAUCUCUGACUCUCGACGGCGCCUUCGGGCAGCGUAAGGUGCCUGCCUGCGACCAGUCGGGCACUCUGUCACUGUCACGGAGCUUUGUCGUGCUCGACGAUUUGUUCGUCCUUCUGCCCACCGUCAUGUAUGCAAAUCAUGAACUCCAUCACCGGUGACAUCAAGAGUCGCUAAUGUCAUCCGCCCAUCGGUAAGCCACAUCAAAAGUGGUAACCCUUCCUCUGUCCCACUCUUCUGACCACAUCCCCACCCCCACCCCCACACUGGCUGUUUCAACCUCACACGAGUUUGUCAUUUCUGCUCCUGUCAUUGGACCAUUCUUCCAACCUCCUUGAACCCCCGUCUGGAAUAAAUCAAAAGAUCCCGGCGUGCAAGGUGACGUCCGCCAUCGACUCUGAUGUGAUCCUUUCCUACUACGCAGGGCCCAUCGAUCAGCCUGCUGCUGCUGCUCCUGUAGGCGUAACCACAGUUUUUGCCCGUUCUCCUGUCCUAUCACCGACUCUUUCGACGUGCUUUCAUGAUGAAUUUGAUCGAGCUCCCGGUAGGAGUGUCACCUGUAAAGCGAUGGAGAGUGGGGUUCACGAAUAUGAUUUAUUACACUAUCCUGUUUUCCCAAUUUGUGAAUUCGAGUAGACUUCGGACACGAGACACAACUCAUUGCUCUCACAUCACCUUCCUCGCACACUUCUCGAUCUUACAUCGACUCCUUCACGUUCAGCUCUUUCUCCUCAGCGUUGAUUUCGAAGAGUUGCAGUUGAACUGAACGUUGAGCACCAGCCCCACUCACUACUAACCGUAGCUUGAGACUCAUGCAAGCACAAACGCUUCACCACCUGGAAGCCACUACUCUGUAUGUAUCAAAUGAUAUUGAAAUAUAAUAAGUGAGUCUAUAUCGGACCUCUUCUGUCCGGGUUACAAGAAUAAAAAUGUCUGGAGCAUUCGCUUCAUUAUUAUUUUCAAAAAAUCCCGAGUUACUUCCCAUCGUUAUAAGCAAGAAGUGCCCGCACCAACCAUAUGGGAAUCAAACUUGUCUUCAAAUCAUCCACUGUCUAUUUCAAUCGAUCUCAUACCUUUAUUUGGUAAUGUGAAAUCUUGAGUAAC